CCAUAGAAACCAUUUGACCCCUCUCCUAAUUCAUAAAUAAAGAAGCUAAUUCAGUAGCACCUUGCAAAGGAGUAGUUUUCAAUGAAUAUCCACUUUCGUUGUGCUAUUAACCACAAAUUGACUAGUUUGACUACAUUAGUGUCAUGUAGGAUAGCGUCUCUGUUAGCAGCGGUUACUUUAACGCCCAAAUGGUUACGGCGACUUUGUCGACAUCGACUGAGGAGGACACACUGGCAACUACAUGUUCCAGAAUGGAGGCAAGUAGGAACACCCGAGACUGCGGGCUGGGAGACCUGGAAGCUCUGGUGGCCAAUAAAGAAAGGGAGUGGAAGGAGCUUCAUGCGAGAAGGAUCCAUCUGUUGGAAGAUUCUCUUGCAAAGGCCAAGGAGGAGUGUUCUUCCCUCAGCUAUCAAAACCAGAAGCUGAAAGAGGACUUUCAGUACAAUCUCUCUAUCCUGGAUGAACGUGAAAAAGAGCUGAAGCGAUACGAUGUCAUCACCACCAGGGCCGUGAAUGCGGAGCAGACCAGGCGAGAGGAGCUGAGCCGACUCCGUAUCCAGGUUGCCACGCUGGAGGAGAAGCAAGCCAAAGAUGCCGUUGCGAGACAGGAGGAGCUGCGUCUAAGCCAGAACAAAGCCGCUCAACAAAGGCUGCAGCUGGAAGAACUCAGACACUCUAUGACAGGUGCAACUCAAAAGCAAACGGAGGAGCAUGAGCGGACGAAGCGCAGAUUACGCCAGAUGGAGGGGGAACUCGCUCGGCAGAAACAGGAGAUGACAGCAGCUUGCGACAAAACGCUCAGACGACAAGAGCACGAGUUCAACUUCAAACUCGACGAGAUGCGCGCAGCGCUGCUGUCCAGUGAGCUCAAGAUCAAGUUGCUGGCCAAAGAGCACGAUGUUCAGAGCCAGGCUCGACUCCGAGCCACGCACGCGCUCAAAGCAUCUGAAGAGCUCGUUAAGCAAUUACAAGUCAAAUUACAAUGCAAGGCUGAUUUGAAUAAUCAAGCCACCGCUGCCAAGGAGAUCAGGAUAAAGGAACUUGAGGAACAAUUGAAACAGAUGGAGAACAAACUGAAGAAGCAGAAGGAAGACCACAUAAAGAAACACGAGGAGGUGGCCCGGGCUCUGAAAGAGAAGGAUGAACAACUGGAGGCCCAGUGGCAAGCCCAUGAAAAGCAGUUCAAGAAAACAGAAAAACACAUUGUCAAACUGAAGAACGAUCUGGAAAUCCAGUCCGCCCAAACUCGCUCGGCACAGAAAGACAUGGCGAAAACGUUGGAGAAGAAAGAUGACACAAUAAAGAGGCUUCGUACCGACGUGACUGCGGCCCAGACAGUUUUGGAGAGGCACGUGAGUCAGACCUCCAACGAGAUGGUCGCCAAGAACACCCAGCUGAUACGUUUACAGAACACUAACAGCCAACUCCGUGCUGACUUGGAGAGGAGCAGGGAGGAGAUUGGCAGGUACAAGCAAGAUGUGAGCGCUGGUCUGCAAAGAGAGGCAGCCCUUGAACGAGCACGAGUCCAGUUGGAGUUGGAGUGGCAGGAGCGCUAUGAUGCAGUCAAAGCUAAACAUUACCUGGAUAAUGAGCAACUUAUACAAGAUUUGACACUUUCCAGAGAUCAGGCAAAAGCAGAGCUGAGUGAGAAAGAAAAGCAGCUGCGUGACUUGAACGGCACAAAGGAGAGGGACGAAGCAACGCAGGGUCUCACACCUCAAGAAGAUGUGCAGGAAGCAGAGCAAAUAAGUUCCCUGGUUGAGCAAAACAAGUUUUUGCGAGCUGCCGUUUCCCAGAUGAGAAAGGAGAUGGAGGAUCUUGGUCAUCUUCUACCGCAUCCACAGACCGAAGCGCCUGCCGCUACCUCCACAACUGAAGCUCUUGCCAAGCAUCCGGACAUCUCUGCCAAGAGCAUCCCAGCUAAUUUGUCAGACCAGACUCAGGCUCUGAAGCAGGAGGUGCUCCUCCUGAAAGCUCGAUGCAGACAUCUUGAGGAGCAGCUGGAUCUUCUCAAACUUGACAAGCCUUGCAUUUGGUGUCUGGAGAAGGAUGCUGACUCCAGUGCUUUGAGGAACCAAGUGGGGAGAGGGACACACGUAGAGCCUAGACAUGCCAACAUAAGAGAUCAGGUGCAACAAGUCCGAGACGAGAAGCUCCAUCUGUGGCAGCAGCAACUUAACUCAGCUCUGACGGCCGGUGCCGCAUCCGGUAAUGUUCAGAGUGUUAAAAGGAACAUUGCGUUGGCACACAGCAGGCUGAAGCAGGCGGCGUCUUACAUUGCCCGCCUGAGCAAGGAGAAGCAGCAGCUCAUACAAAUGGGCAACUGCCUUCGUGCCCGGAUCACUUCGGCAGGAUUACACGAGGGAAUUGAACCAAAGAGGGAUUCCGUCACAGAGGAACAAGGACAUCCAGAUGAUCGUCUUUUCGCUUUGGAGCAGCUGCAGUAUAAACUCACCACCCAGGAGCUCCAGUAUGCUGUGAGGCAGCAGCAAAUGGCUUGCACUGUUGCUGAACAUGUUGCUUCAUCAGACAGCAGAGAGCCUCACACUUCCAAAUUGUCCGACAAAACUCCGACAACUAGUCAGCAACAAACCUCAUUGGAGGUGAAAACACAGGCCAGCUCAGAAGAGUCAUUGCAAUCAUUAAAGGACAUUUGGGAAGUACUGGACCAUGGACUGAGCUCAUCUAUUUGUUCAGAAGGUGAAGGUGAGCUGAGCAGAAGCAGGGCCACCGCUGAAGUGAUGGUGACCGGUACCAGCGCCCCUAUCCACAGUCGUUCCCCGGCCGAGCUGCAGCAGAAGAACGACCUCUCUAAAGUACCAUCGAAGCCUCCGAAAAACUGCCAGCAUGGAGGAGCCCCUGGCAAAAUCAGCAGGAUCAGGAACUACAAUACUAAAGACUGACGCAGUAAUCCAAGAUAACAUAAAUAUGAUCAUUGUGUGAUCAGUAGAUUGUGAAUAAGUGUAUCGGGAUUAGAGCUACUUGGAGUUUGAAAGAUUCAAGGGAUCGACCUUGCACAUCUCUCUACGCCUUUUGGAAAUAGUCAGCAGUAGUUUUGGAGGACUUACCGUUUUUUUCCGUGUAUAAUGCGUGAAAUUUAACUAAUUUAUUGUCCUAAAAUCUGGGGUGCGCAUUAUACAUGGGUACAAUUUUUUUUUUUUUUUUAAAGAAGAUCAUGGUCCAUACGACCGCAAUGCUCUCGUAUCAGACGUUUGCUCGAUCACCUGCUCGUUUGCUGUCACAAUGUACUCUACACAAAUCCGAAACAUUUGUUGCGGCUCCGAGUCACGAAGAGGGGCAAGUUUUGGUUUCCAAGGGUGUUUUUAUUCCUCUUCAACGUCUCUCCCAUACAGAGCCGCCUUUUUCACGUCCGCACGCCUUUUUCACAUGUCCGCACUGACCGCGGUGGUGCCUUUACGGGCAGUCGGAGAAAUCAACGCCAACAAAAAAAAUCACAUCCAGCCUAGUUAAGACCAUACCAAAGACUAUAAAAAUGAGACCCAUUGCCUCCCUGCGUGUGUGACGAUCAUUGAGACUUAAAAAAAUAAAAUAAAAUCAUAAAAAUUGGUAUUAUACAUGGGUACAGGCUUUUUUCCAGCAUCAACAUGCCAUUUUUAGGGUGCGUAUUAUACAUGGGGGCGCAUUAUACACGGAAAAAAACGGUAGUCCAUGUAUGAAACGUUGCAAUAAAAGUUUUAUUCCCUUUUA